CGCUAAGAUCAUGGGGAGUACUUAUAGACUAAAUGUCUGGAAGUAUCUUAUGGACUGCAAUUUAAAAAUUAAUUGGUGCGUUGGACAUCAAGGACGCUCUUUCUCUGUUCGAUUUGAUAAGAAAGCUAAACGAGAAUUGGAGAGGCGUCACCUCUCACCUUUCGGGGAUUCGUGGAAGGCCUGGAAGGUAUCGGGCGAACAUAGGCCGAAAGGAGGCAGCCUCGUGCUGAAUCCAUCUCGAAUUUCCCGCCCGCCCGACGUGAGUCGUUUACAAGUGCGUUCCACUUUAUGCACGAUGCACAUAAUGCAUCUUGACUCUCCAAUGAUUCUCUUGCGUUUGGAAUUUUAUCCGCACAUUUUCCAUAUCCGCAGUCAACUGAAAAGAUAAACUAAUAUAGCCUAGCACUAAAAAAAAAAACUCACGUACAAGAGAGACUCUGAUUUCUCGCCCUUUCACGAAGUUGAUAAUGC